AUGUCCACCAACACCACCUUCGGCGCCACCAUUGUGCCCAAUCCUCACACAGCGGACCGCGAACGCAUUCACGCCCCAAGCACUCUCCUCGACUCGCCUGCKCUCACGCCUGCCGCUUCCCACGACGACAUGGUCGACUAUCUCGGCGAAAAGCCCAUUCCACCGCACUCGCCCUUUUACACACACCCACCCUCGUCCAACGAAGUCGUUCGCAUGACCAAGAGCGCCGCCACAUCGCGGACACACCUGGAGAAAGAUCUCGAAAAUGGCCCGGACACGCCUCUCUCACAUACCGACGGCUUCGGCCCCUUCUCCAAGAAUCUCGCCGUGCAGAGCCAGACAGAAUGCACCAUGUGGCCUUCGAAGCAGACAUUGAAGCAGCAACAGCAGGCCAACAAACUGGGCAAACGCAACAAGCGGGCGUGUGCCCCCGUCCUGAACACGUGGAGCGGCUUCACCAAACGCCAACGCCUCUUCAUCAAAAUCGCCAUUGCACUGUUUGUGCUCGGUGCUGCCGUCGGGUUGGGUGUCGGUAUCAGUGUGGCGGUCAAGGGUGCAUACUUUACUGGCGAUGGAAAGUCGCAACAGGUGGGCGUCAUUCCCGACCAAGAUUGA